AUUAUUUCAAAUAAUUUUAUGUCACGUGACCAAAGGGGAAAAGAAAAACCUAAAUUAACUUCUUUCAAAAUCAAUUUCUACAGCAAAACCAAAUUGGGGUGCAAGAAGCAUUGUGGGGUCGAGGAAGGGUACUCGAAUGGCGACAGUAGAGUUUAGAAGUUCAUAGUACUUGAGUUUCACCUUUUUCAAAAUAUCUAGCAGUAGUUUCAAGUUUCAAAUCUAUACGAACUUAAAGAAAAGGGUUUGCUAGGAAAUUGUUUAUCCAAAUUUACGAAAGAUUCUGGGGUAUUGUUUUAUUCAAAUAGUUAAAUGGAGAGCAAUAAUAGUUUGGAGCAAACAUUGCAAGACGGGAAAUUGUACCGUCAUGUUAAUGCUCUCAUAGUUGCUCAUCUUCGCGAUAACAAUCUCAAUCAGGCUGCAAGUGCUGUAGCUUCAGCUACAAUGACACCAAUGAAUGUUGAAGCUCGUCCCAACAAGCUACUUGAAUUGGUCGCAAAGGGUCUUGCAGUGGAGAAAGAGGAGACGGUGAGAGGGGGGGUUUCUACAGCUGUACCUUUUGAUCCAAUCAUAACUGGAUAUGGCUCAAUCCCAACCCCUCGGGCAGCAUCUGUUGAUUUCAGUAGCGUGAAUGAUACAAAAGGGCCGUCAAAAAAUAUCCCAAAGCACGAGUCACGACAUAUUUCCGAGCACAAGAACGUUGCAAGGUGUGCCAGAUUUAGUCCUGAUGGAAGAUUUCUUGCUACUGGAAGUGCGGACGCAUCAAUUAAAUUGUUUGAGAUUGCAAAAGUUAAGCAAAUGAUGCAGCCAGACGCUAGGGAUGACCCAGUGAGGCCUGUUAUACGGACUUUUUAUGAUCAUCAACAACCAAUAAAUGAUGUGGACUUUCAUCCGCAAAAUACAGUACUCAUAUCUGGAGCAAAAGAUCGCACCAUCAAGUUCUUUGAUUUUUCCAAAACAGUAGCAAAGAGAGCAUUUAGAGUGAUUCAGGAUACACAUAAUGUAAGGUCGGUAUCAUUUCAUCCUUCCGGGAACUAUCUUCUGGCAGGAACUGAUCAUCCAAUUCCCCACCUAUAUGACAUUAACACUUUCAAAUGCUACCUGCCACCAAAUUUCCAAGAGAUGGGUCUCAAUGGUGCUAUUAAUCAGGUUAGGUAUUCAUCUACUGGUGGAAUGUAUGUAACUGCAUCCAAAGAUGGUGCAAUUCAGUUAUGGGAUGGGGUAACUGCUAGUUGUGUGCGAUCCAUAGAUGGUGCACAUGGAGCGGUGGAGGCCACAAGUGCAAAUUUUACAAAGGAUCAAAGAUAUAUUCUCUCUUCGGCAAAAGACUCUUCGGUGAAGCUUUGGGAAGUUGGCACAGGAAGAUUGGUCAAACAAUAUCUUGGAGCCACACAUACACAUUUGCGCUGCCAGGCUGUUUUCAAUGAUACAGAAGAAUUUGUAUUAUCUAUUGAUGAAUCUCUAAAUGAGAUUGUUGCAUGGGAUGCUCUGACUACAGAAAAAGUGGCUAGAUGGCCCUCCAACCAUAUUGGUGCACCCCGUUGGCUUGAGCAUUCCCCGGUAGAAGCUACAUUUGUGUCUUGUGGGAUUGACCGAUCCAUUCGGCAUUGGAUGGAAGUCCCUUAGUGCCACUAAUGAGCCAGUGGCAUUAGCAAAACGAGAGUUGUAUGCCAAUGUAAUUUAAUAAGCUACAGUCUCUAAGAAAUCUCAGCCCACUCGUUUGUUGUAUAAUUGAGAGAAGAGAAAGUGACAUCCGUUCAGAGGAAGGUCAACUAAGCGAAGCCCAUUCCUUCUUUUGGAUGAACAGUGAGCUAAGUAGAUGGAAGCGGUUAUUGCUUUGUUCAUACAUCCUCCCUACCUCAGAUUCUUUCCUCUCUGUUGGUGAAUGGAAGUGAGAAAGGAAAGAAUGAGCUGCGAGGCAUGUUUCAAGUUGGUCCAAUAGUCAGGCAUGACGGUUAAUCUCCUUUAUAUUGAUAAGUGUCCUUUGCUGAUCAACCAAGCUGCUUCUAAGGGAAGAUUGAAUACUGCUUGAGGGACAUGUAUUUAGGCGUUUUUUAUUUUGUCUGGCAGCAUUUCUUUCCAAAGUUUUCUAAUUGAUAGUAUUACACAAUCUGGACAUAAGCUUGAUGAUCCAUUAGGGAUUCUCAGUAACCUUGUACCCUAUAUUGUUUCACUAGAAAAAUGGUUCAGUUAAAUUUGUAUGAGGCCAGGCAUAGUGUUGGAUCCA